AUGGGUUCUGGUGCUGCAACUGCCCGAGAGCCCGAAGAGGAAAGUGUGGGGAAUGCUUCGUCAGCUGCUUUGUUGCUGAAUGGAGCCUAUUUGGAGGGCCUGAAUGAAGAUCAGCGUGCUGCGCUGGAACAGUUGAGAGCUUUGUUGGAGGAGGACGGCUGGAAGAAAGGCAAUAGGCGCAAGGGCGCAAACGUUCACUUCAAGUACUCCGGAGAGGCUUGGGGGAGUCAUGCUGCAGACCAGUUCCUCAUGCCCCGUUUCGCCCAUGGCCGGUGUUUCUUGGCGCUGCUGCUGGCGCUGGCCCUGAAGUCCUGGACCUUUGCGCCGAGCAGAGGAUGGCAGCCCUGUCGAGCCACCGGUGACCUGGAGUACUUUGAGGUCUACAGCAAGGAUCAGUUCCUUCAGCUGUUGCAAGAAAGACCCGCUCAGCAAAGAUCUGUGGGGGAACAGGAGAAGAUCGAACGAAUGGUGAGUUUCCUGGAAGCGGAGAAUCCCACCGCGCGGGCAGCCGAGUCCAUGAGCUUGCUGGGCCGUUGGGAGCUGGCCUUCUGUGGGGUGAAUCGUGGUCUCAAGGUCCAACCUGCGCUGGAUGCCUUGAAAGAGGCCUCGCUGCCUGAAACGGCGGAGGUUCAGUCUGUGUUGCUGGAGAUUUUUCAGGACUACAGCAUGAAGACGCAGGUGGUGAUGAGCUCGGGUGGAUCUCCCAGCACCAUCGAGCGCACGUCGCCCCUGAAGAAACCUCCACCGCGGGGAGAAGUGCUGAAAGAAGAGGAAGGCUUUAAGCGAUACGUCAAGGUGACGUAUUUGGAUAAUGACCUCAUGAUCUUACGGGGACGAGGAGCCUCAGAGGUUUAUCGGAAAACAAGCUAA